UCUUCUCUCCGUCAUCGUCUUCUUCUUCUUCAUCUUCUUCUUCUUACACUAAUUGACUCUUCUCAUAACAAAUUUACAAUCUCUCAGAGAGAUAAGAUCAGCCAUGGCUGAGAAAGAACCAACCAUACUUCAAUUCGCUACAUUGAACAGUUCCGUCCAGGAAGGUUUCUGGCAUAGCUUCUCCUCUUUGAAACUCGAUAAACUCGGAAUCGACGAUUCCCCGAUUUCAAUCACCGGUUUUAAUGGACCAUGUUCACAUCCAAAAGUCUCAAAUUAUUUGACUCUUUUGUCAGAGUCAUUGCCUUUAGAUGAAGAAUCAUCUGCUGCUAGUACUAGCAAUAGGAAUAAGUGUCCUGUUCCUGGGAUUUUGUAUAACACCAAUACUCUCGAAAGCUUCAAAAACCUUGACAAACAAAGUCUGCUCGAAGCAGAAGCAAAGAAGAUUUGGGAUGAUAUUCAAUCAGGGAAAGCUCUUGAGGACCCUGCUGUGUUAUCAAGAUUCCUUGUUAUCUCCUUUGCAGACCUUAAGAACUGGAUUUUUCGAUAUUGGGUUGCCUUCCCUGGGCUUGUUCUUGAUCCUCCUGCAAGUUUGGUAGAAUUAAAGCCAGCUUCAGAGUAUUUUAGUUCUAAAGAGGCGGAAUCAGUAUCUGCUGCUUGUAACGAUUGGCGCAACUCAGAUUUAACUACCGCUGUUCCAUUCUUUUUGGUUUCGGUUUCUUCUGAUUCGAGAGCUAGUAUCAGACAUAUUAAAGACUGGGAAGCGUGUCAAGGUGAUCAUCAAAAGUUGCUUUUCGGUUUCUAUGAUCCAUGUCACCUUCCUAAAUAUCCUGGUUGGCCACUUCGAAAUUACUUAGCACUUAUUCGCUCAAGAUGGAACCUUGAGACAGUUCGGUUCUUCUGCUACAGAGAGAGUCGUGGUUUUGCUGACUUGAACCGUUCCCUUGUUGGUCAAGCCUUAGUUACACUUUCAUCAGGAGAAUCAGCUGAGACUGUACCUAAUUCAGUGGGAUGGGAGUUUAACAAAGGGAAACAAGUACAUCGAUCCAUUAGCCUUGCUAAUUCCAUGGAUCCAAAAAGGAUGGCUGUUUCAGCUGUUGAUUUAAACUUAAAGUUAAUGACAUGGCGAGCAUUACCGUCUCUUAACUUAACCAUUUUGUCCUCUGUCAAAUGCCUUCUUCUUGGUGCUGGUACAUUGGGUUGCGAAGUUGCUCGUAUCCUUAUGGGUUGGGGAAUACGCAAUAUCACCUUUGUUGACUAUGGUAAAGUAGCUACGUCCAAUCCAGUCAGACAAUCUCUCUACACGUAUGAAGAUUGUGGCGAGUUUAAAGCGGUUGCUGCUGUUAAACGCCUUAAACAGAUAUAUCCAGCAAUGGAAUCUAGUGGAGUUAUUAUGGCUAUACCGAUGCCUGGGCAUCCAAUUUCUAGCCAAGAAGAGGAUUCUGUUCUCGCAGAUUGUAGACGUCUUAUCGAUUUGAUUGAGUCUCACGAUGCCGUGCUCUUGUUAACCGAUACAAGAGAAAGCCGGUGGUUACCUUCUCUUCUUUGUGCUAAUGCCAAUAAGAUAGCUAUAAAUGCAGAUUUCGGUUACGACAGCUACAUGGUAAUGCGCCAUGGCGCUGGCCCCACCUCCCUGUCUGAUGAUUUGCAGAAUCUUGACAUGAAUAAGACAAACAAACAGAGGCUUGGAUGUUACUUUUGUAACGACGUGGUUGCACCUCAGGAUUCAAUGACUGAUCAAACUCUAGGCCAACAAUGCACUGUUACACGUCCAGGUCUAGCUCCUAUUGCAGGAGCUCUUGCCGUUGAACUUUUAGUCGGAGUCCUACAACACCCACUUGGUAUCAAUGCAAAAGGCGACAAUUCGAGCUCAACUAAUGGAGGAAACAAUGAUGAUUCGCCUCUCGGGAUAUUACCUCAUCAGAUUCGUGGUUCAGUUUCUCAGUUCUCAAAGAUCACCCUGCUUGGGCAAGCUUCCGACAGCUGUACCGCUUGCUCUGAAACCGUGAUAUCGGCGUAUCGAGAGAGAGGAAACAGGUUCAUACUUGAAGCAAUUAACCAUCCUACAUACCACAGCCCAAUCACCAAAAAAGACACGAGAUGUUUUCCUAGUAAUGUUGUACGAGCAUUACCGUCUCUUAACUUAAAUGUUUUGUCCUCUAUCAAAUGCCUUCUUCUUGGAGCGGGUACAUUGGGCUGUCAAGUUUCUCGUACCCUUAUGGAUUGGGGAAUCCGCAAUAUCACCUUUGUUGACUAUGGCAAAGUAGCUAUGUCUAAUCCAGUCAGACAAUCUCUCUACACUUUUGAAGAUUGUGGCGAGUUUAAAGCUGUUGCUGCUGUUAAAAGCCUUAAACAGAUAUUUCCAGCAAUGGAAUCUAGUGGAGUUGUUAUGGCUAUACCGAUGCCCGGACAUCCUAUCUCUCGUAAAGAUGAGGAUUCUGUUCUCGCAGAUUGUAAACGUCUUAGCGAGUUGAUUGAAUCUCAUGAUGUCGUGUUCUUGUUAACCGACACAAGAGAAAGCCGGUGGUUACCUUCUCUUCUUUGUGCUAAUGCCAAUAAGAUCGCUAUAAAUGCAGCUUUAGGUUUCGACAGCUACAUGGUAAUGCGCCAUGGCGCUGGCCCCAUCUCCCUGUCUGAUGAUACGCAGAAUCUUGACAUGAAUAAGACAAACAAACAGAGACUUGGAUGUUACUUUUGCAACGACGUGGUUGCACCUCAGGAUUCAAUGACUGAUCGAACUUUAGACCAACAAUGCACUGUUACACGUCCAGGUCUAGCUCCUAUUGCAGGAGCUCUUGCUGUUGAACUCUUAGUAAAAGUCCUACAACACCCACUUGGUAUCAAUGCAAAAGGCGAAAAUUCGAGCGUAAGUAAUGGAGGAAACAAUGAUGAUUCGCCUCUCGGGAUAUUACCUCAUCAGAUCCGAGGCUCAGUUUCUCAGUGCUCACAGAUCACACUGCUUGGGCAAGCUUCCGAAAGCUGUACUGCUUGCUCUGAAACCGUGGUGUCAGAGUAUCGAGAGAAAGGAAACAGUUUCUUACUUGAAGCUAUCAACAAACCUACAUACCUCGAGGAUCUUACCGGUUUAACCGAGCUAAAGAAUGCUGCUAAUUCGUUUAACCUCGACUGGGAAGAAGAUGAUACUGAUGAUGAAGAUGUAGCUGUAGAUAUGUAAAAACUCAAGAUUCAUGAACCAAAUGUGCAUAGACUAAUAUUGACAAAGAUUGUUCUUUCAUGAAAUAAUCAUUUUGUUAACUA